UGGAUGUGCGUUGCUCAGCAAAUUGCUUCAUGUUGACACAGACUCCGACUAUUAGUAUUAAAUGAAUGCAAGUCGAAAUCCUGGAAGGAUCGGCUUUACUUUGCUUCAAACUGCGCUCCCCGUUGCUUCAAGGUAGAUUGCCGGAAAAAAGCGUUUUGACGUUCUCCAUUUAAGUUCAAAUCGUAAUUGACUUGGCAGAACUGGAAAAGAGAGGCGUUAGCUCAAGAUGUUUCCCAAAGCCGAGUGCAUAACCUGGAUUACUGUCCUUUUUGCAGCUUCGUUUGCCACUGUAACUCUCAAUGCCAUCACAAUUUUUAUCUUCAUAAAAAAUCGCAAUCUUCGUAACCGUAGUGCCUACCUGAUCAUAAAUCUGGCUGUUGCUGAUAUGUUAGUGGGAGGUUUUAGCACAUUUGAUCUAUCUUACUCCUAUGGACAGAUUUGUAGAAUUUGGAAGUUUAAUUCAAAUAGAUUUUCUUACUUUAGAUCAGCUGCUAUCUUUCUUUUCCUUGUCUGUUCCUUAACAAAUAUAACUGUCAUUUCUUUGGAACGGUUACACGCAACAUACUGGCCAUUCAGACAUCGUGUUGUAAAGAGGUGGAUUUACAAAGCAUUGAUUGCUAUUACUUGGAUUAUAGCUGGAGCCAUCUCAUUGGCUUAUAUGACUCUUAGAGUAUUAAGGGAAAUGUCAAAGUAUCUUUAUUUAUGGAAUCUGUUCAAUGCCUUCUGCUUGACGAUAAUCUGUAUCUCUUACGCCUCAAUUUAUGUCAAAGUUCGUCACGGUGCGCAGGGUCUGUAUCAUAACGCUGCCACGAGAGAAAGAAAACUGACAGCGACAUUGUUCAUUGUAACAUUUCUUUCUCUUUCGUUGUGGCUUCCUUACUUUGUAACCUGGGUUGUCAUGGAAGCCUCUGACUAUUUGGUAAUGCCACCUUUUCGUUUAUUUUACUUUUUCAUUUUUUUAUUUCACGCGAACUCUCUCAUUAACCCCAUAUUAUACCUUAUCAAAAUAUCAGGCUAUAGGAGAGCUUUCAUUGCCCUAUUUAGAAUACGUUGUCAACAGCAAAGACGAGGUCACGUUUUUCCUAUUAAUGACAUAUGAUAUGGAAAUUAUUGAGUUGAAUUGAGGCUUAGCAAUUCAUGAAAAAUUAUUGAAAAGGCCUGACGUUUGCAUCGAAAGGGAAGAUGGAGGGAGCAUGCUUUUAACUUUAAUCGAACUAGAUUAUUUGCCCAUCUUCUAGGUUUCUGUGCAAAAUGUGUCUUUACUUGAAGCUGUGAAGCGUUUUAUGGUAGAGCUGUUUAUAUUUCUCAAAGAUCUAAGAAUUCAGCUCUGCAGGCAGUAAUUUCUAUAGAAC